AUGGCCGGACUCGCGAGACACGUAGACACGGAUGAGCUCGUAAAGACUCUCCAGGACCACCCCAUGCACAAGGCUGGAGGCCAUGCGAACCGAGCGACUUCACACAUUACGCCAUAUUCAAGUAGAUACGCUGCCGGUGUCGAGCUAUCGAAAUUCAAGAUUCCUCAAGAUGGUGCUCCAGCCGAUGUUGUCCACCAAUUGCUCAAGGACGAACUUGAUCUGGACGGGCGUCCCAGUCUGAACUUGGCAUCUUUUGUCGGCACAUACAUGGAGAAGGAAGCGGAACAACUCAUGAUCGAGAACCUUUCCAAGAACAUGUCAGACGCUGAUGAGUACCCUGCGAUGAUGGAUAUGCACGCACGCUGUGUAUCUAUUAUUGCUAACAUGUGGGGUGCGCAAAAGGGCGAGAAGGCCAUCGGAUCUGCUACAACCGGUUCAAGCGAAGCCAUUCAUCUCGGCGGACUUGCUAUGAAGCGCCGCUGGCAAGAAAAGAGGCAGGCAGAAGGCAAGGACACUUCCAAGCCCAACAUCAUUAUGGGUGCCAAUGCGCAGGUCGCCUUAGAGAAGUUUGCGAGGUACUUCGAGGUUGAGGCCCGCAUUCUUCCUGUGAGCGAGGAGUCAUCUUACCGUCUUGAUCCCAAGUUGGUCAAGGAGAACAUCGAUGAGAACACCAUCGGUAUCUUCGUCAUUCUCGGUUCCACGUACACCGGACAUUACGAGCCCGUUGAAGAGAUCUCCGAUAUCCUGGACGCUUUCGAGAAGGAGACAGGCAACGACAUUCCAAUCCAUGUGGAUGCAGCCUCAGGAGGUUUCAUUGCUCCCUUCACCCACGCAAAAGCUGGCAAGAAGUGGAACUUUGAGCUUCCGCGAGUCAAGUCUAUCAACACUAGUGGACACAAAUUUGGCCUGGUAUACGCUGGUGGCUGGUACCGUUGCGUUAGCGACAUACAUCGCAAGAAGGGCGAUUUGAAGUACGAAAAGGGCAAGAAGCAGUACGAAGAAGGCGAGACUAGCGCAGACUACAACGCGGGUCUACCCGUCGUAGCCUUCACCCUCACCGACGACUUCCACAAGGAAUUCCCACACGUCAAGCAAGAAGCCGUCAGCAACCUGCUCCGCGCCAAGCAAUACAUCAUCCCCAACUACCCGCUACCACCAAGCGAAGAGAAGACGGAGAUCCUCAGAGUGGUUGUCCGAGAGAGCCUAUCUCUCGACAUGAUUGACAGACUAGUCACUGACAUCUGUGGCGUGACCGAGAUGCUGAUGAAGACGGAUGCGGUUGACCUUGCAGCCUUCCAGCCAGGCGCUAGCCCAAGUAUCGAGAAGCAGCAUGCGAACAAGGGUUUGAAGAAGGAGCACAAGCACAAGGCUCAGCGGCCUUCGUCUGAUGGCGUCUAUCGGACCGUGUGCUAGUGCUUCCGCUUAGUUCAGUUUUCCACGGAUGGCAUUCUUUCCGUUUUUGUUGAUCGAAUUUUCGGAUUUGCACGCCAUGGAGUGGGGUUUUUGCAACACGAAGGAUACUGUGGCUUGAUUGACGUCACUGGAGUGCGUUCAUAUAGUGGGGUGUUUUUUUUUCAAGAAAUAAAAACGGUUCGGAUGGAUGGUCGCCGAACUAUCUAUGGUUUCCAAGAACAUGAUUG